AUGCCAUUAAAUCUGUGGUAUAUUUACAAAUACGCAAAAGCUACUGUGGCAUCUCCGCUGCAAAAUGCAAGUCUUAGGCUGAUGCAUACACUCACACACACAAUCACAUCCUCGGAUAAACAACAAACAGCAACAACAAAACAACUUGAAUCAACUACAAAUGAAACUCGUUUUCAUCGAGAACCAGAAAAUCUUGUUGAAAACGAUAUUGAUCGACUUAAAGAAAAACGUGAAGAUUUUAUUCGGAAUGAUACAAAUAAAAGCAUCAUUAUUGAUAAUAAUCAAAUUGAUUGGAAUCGACUUAUCUACAUUCUAGAAGAACAGCAAAACUAUGACUAUUUUGCAUUAAAAGUGUAG